AAGCGGAAACCAAAGAGAAAAGAAUUAAAUUUCUGAUCAAAACAAAAAAGAAAAAAAAACAGAAGAGAAAAUGUUCAAGUUCUUCCGGAGAAAUGGAGAUGGCGCCCUAAUCCGUUCUCUCAUUUUAUCGAUUAAACUAGUGAUUUUUCUUAAAAAUUUCAGUGAUUAAAAACAGUUAAUUAAAUAAAUAAAUACAAGUGAAAGUGUUAAAUUAACAAUUAUAAGCCCUUCAAGAACCUUGAUAAAUCAAAAAAUACCAAAAAAUGUCUACAGAAUUUGAAACUCUAAAAAACGACCUCCGUCGUAAAUUGGUUACACGUCAAGACUUCAAUGAACAAUUGAAAAAACUUCCGUUAUCAGAUAUUCUCCAAAUGGGUUACAGUUCUCUUAAAGCCAUUCAAUCACCUGAUAUUCUCCGACAAUAUUCCCUUGGAUUAACUACCCAAUAUAAAAUGAAAUUUAUAUUGUCAUGGUUGAAAAAGAUCAAUCGUCCAGAUGAUAUUAAUAGAAGAGAAAUCAAUUUUUUGGAUACACUACAAGAAUUGGAUCCAGAAAUUCUAAUAGUGAAUCUAAAUAAUAAUAUUAAUCAACAAGAAGAAGAAGAAGAUGAAGUAAACGACCCAAAUUUACCAAUAAUACAAAAGAACUAUGAAAGAAACCCCAGGAAAGACAAUCAACAAACUAUCAACCAACCAUCCACCUCCAAUCAAUCAUCAACCAUGAACCAACCAUCAACUUCAAGCUCUAUUAUUAUUCGUGACAAUGAACAAGAUACUCAAAACCCGAGACCAGCUUAUGUUAACCCGUUAAAAAGAAAAUUUAUUAAUUUUAAUCUACAUCGGGAGAAUAUUCAAAUUGAAUAUGAUACAACAAAAAAGAUAAGAAAAACGGUCUACAAACAGGAAGAAAUGCCCAUUCCCAGCCAAUGGAAACCCUGGUCUGCCUUCUUAAUGGAGCCGAUAUUUUUAAUCAAACAUGAAUCUCUUAAACCAGCUGAAAUAAGAGAUACCAUAAUAAAAAAUAUUGAACAAGGUAAACUUCCGGCGAUAAUUGGUACAUUUAUCACAGGUAAAGAUGCUCUUCGUAUCAAGUCACCGGAUAAUUUGACUCGAAAAAAUAAUAUGGCAAAGUUGAAAGAAUGGCUUCCCGAGUUACAAAUCCUGAAACCAAAAGUCUUUGACCCAAAAAUAAGACUUAUUAGAGUUAAAUAUGAAGGAUCUUUGACCGAUUUGGAGGCAAUGAAAAAUAUGAUAACAAAUAUUUGGCAAACCGCUGAACUUCAUGAAGCUGGUGACUAUUCAAUUGAUGCGGCGUACACAUCAAAUCUGCUUAAUCAUAUUGAUAUUAUUAUAACAGUCUCCCCAUCGGUCAGAGAUAAAAUUCAUGAAAAACGAGGAGUAAUUUAUUACCUCGGUAAUGAAAUAAAAAUAGCUGAUUACUUCACGGUAACAUCAUGCCCAAGAUGCUUUUCUUAUCAACAUCGAGAAAAACACUGUCAAGCCCAACAACGAUGCAAACUCUGUUCACUCUUACAUGCAUGGCGAGAAUGUCCUAAUAUUAAUAAACCAGAAUUGUACAAUUGCAUCAAUUGUAAAGGAUCACAGAAAAAUUAUCAACAUUCAGCUGAUGACUGGGAUUGUCCCACUUACCAGAAGAAAUUAAGAGAGGCUAUUCAAUUAAUUAACUAUGAAUAUAGAUGGAUUAUCAAAGUUUAA